CAUGUCAGAUGAUUCAGGUCAUGUGGUGUAGUAUCUCGAUUAGACGUUCUUUAAACAGACUCUGUGUGUAGUGUUAGUCAAUAACAAUUCAUUUGAAUCUCUGCGUGAAUACAUCUAUCGUGGAGACGCUUCUUUCAGCAUGCAGAACGUCAUAAACUCGGUGAAAGGCACUGCUUUGGGAGUGGCGGAGUUUUUAACGCCAGUUUUGAAGGAAUCUAAGUUUAAAGAAACUGGGGUUAUAACUCCAGAGGAGUUUGUUGCAGCCGGAGAUCAUCUGGUUCAUCACUGUCCCACAUGGAAAUGGGCAUCUGGAGAAGAAGCAAAAGUGAAGCCUUAUCUGCCCAAAGACAAGCAGUUUCUGUUAACCCGAAAUGUCCCGUGUUACAAGCGCUGUAAACAGAUGGAGUACUCUGACGAGCUGGAGGCCAUUAUAGAAGAAGAUGAUGGAGAUGGAGGAUGGGUGGAUACCUAUCAUAACUCUGGUGUUACAGGGGUGACAGAAGCAGUUCGGGAAAUCUCACUGGAUAAUAGGGACAAUAUGAAUAUGAACGUGCAGCCGGGUGCAUGUGGAAAUGGUGAUGAAGAUGAUGAUGACGAUGGAGAGCCAGCAGACAUGGAAGAAUAUGAAGAAAGUGGACUUUUGGAGACAGAUGAAGCAACUCUUGACACAAGUAAAAUGACUGAUUUAAGUAAAACCAAGACAGAAGCUGGAGGGGAAGAUGCCAUUCUACAGACAAGAACCUAUGAUCUUUACAUCACAUAUGAUAAAUAUUACCAGACACCAAGACUAUGGCUGUUUGGAUAUGAUGAGGACAGACAACCUCUAACGGUGGAUCAGAUGUAUGAAGACAUCAGCCAGGAUCAUGUUAAAAAAACAGUCACCAUUGAGAAUCAUCCCAACCUGCCACCACCUGCUAUGUGCUCUGUGCAUCCAUGCAGACAUGCAGAGGUGAUGAAAAAGAUUAUCGAGACCGUGGCAGAAGGAGGAGGAGAACUUGGGGUCCAUAUGUAUCUUCUGAUUUUCCUGAAGUUUGUGCAAGCCGUCAUUCCUACAAUAGAAUAUGAUUACACAAGGCAUUUCACCAUGUAACUCACUGAUACGGCCUCAAAUAUGACAAGUAUUGUAACUGCAUUGAGGAAGCAGCGACAAUAUAAAACUCAAUAGAGACACUGUCCUGGAAAGAUGCUGGGAUUGUUCUGGGAAAUGCUUCGGAGGGGUUCUGCUGAGUCUGAUGGUUAUCCACACACAUUUAAAUCCAGUUUUCUCUACUAUUCUUCAGCUUCAUCUCUGUAUUAGCCACUUGCUCUUAAUGCUGUCCUGAAACUAAAAGUGUUUCAUUUUAUAUUUACUUUUCAAAAAAACCUAUGUGACACAUAACGAGACAUUUCUCUUGUUUUAAUGGCAAAUAAUAAAUGGCUGUCAGAA